AUGCCCAGGCCUGGAUGACGAUGUAUGAUACUGCAGCAUAUGCAAUCACUACCUGGGUGGCGUAACCGAUCCCUGAGGAGACAGACAAGAAUUUUUACAGCUGGCUGUUUGCCUGGGAGGACAGGUAGAGUCAACAGAAACAGCACCAGUAGCAGCCGACACCAGCCACCAUCCACCACUUUGGCUUCAGCAACGGCUGUUGGGCUGGGAGGACAGAACAUGUGGCUGCCUAUGCUUGGAAUGACCGCCCUGCCACAUCUGGGAGGGCUCUAUGGCGGUUACGUAACACGCAAAGAGGUGAAGACCUGGUACACAACCCUGCAGAAACCAUCAUGGAGGCCACCGAAUGCAGCGUUCCCAAUAGCGUGGACCUGUCUGUACACAGGCAUGGGGUAUGGCUCCUACCUGGUGUGGAAAGAGCUUGGAGGUUUCACUGAGGAUGCACUGGUGCCACUGGGACUUUAUGGGCUACAGCUGGCUCUGAACUGGGCCUGGACUCCUAUCUUCUUUGGUGCACACAAGCUGAAAUUGGCACUCAUAGAGAUAGUUUUUCUCACUGGGACCGUCGGAGCCACCAUGUUGUCUUGGUAUCCCAUCAGCCGCACAGCCACCCUGCUCCUGGCGCCCUACCUGUCUUGGCUGUGCCUCGCCACCAGCCUCAACUACUGCAUAUGGAGAGACAACCCCGAGGAAAAAGAAGAGUAGGACUUCUGUGUCCUGUGAACAAACUAUUUGAAAAUGUGGUUCAUUAAGGAUUACUGACAAACAAUUUUGUUCAUCAGAUUUUAUACGAACCAUUAUGAAUUUGAAUGUGUUAAAAUUAUUCUUGUGUUUAUGAAAUUUCAGCUCAGCUUCAAAGUCUAGUUUUGGUUUUAAAGCCCUGACUGUAGGGUUGAUAUUACUUUACUGGCUUGUUAAAGACUAAUCAAUAUCUGAUAAUACUUUGUUGGCCAGUAUGCAAAAACUGUUUCAAAUACUGCUUGAGGUUAUUUAGAAAUAGUGUUGUCAUUGUUUGUCCAGCUGCCAUUUUCUUACAGUCCUCUACAGCACCUGAGUCAGCAGCAUAUUACACCUGGGCAGGUGUUGUUACUCCAUCUUAAACCUCUUAAAAAUAUGAUCCAGUGUAGUAAAAAUCCAAUAUUGAUAUAAAACUGCACUUAUUUGUUUUUUAAUGAAGAAUCUGCCAUCUGUGCAUUUACCAUGAAUGGAGUCUUGUCUUGUUGUUAAUGUCAUUGCUCUAUUAAAAUAAAGAUUUCUAUCCAAUUUA